AUGGAGAACCUACAAAGCCGGUUAAAUACAUUGAAUAAUAAAAUGGAUUCUAAUUUUAGUGCACCAUAUCGAACAGAUGAUAAUAGAAAAGAACCUGAAAUAGUUGUCAGAGAUAGAAAAAAUUAUGAUACCACGUUGUCAGAUGAAAAAAAUUUCGAUGUCGUUCGAGAACCUGAGAAUACAAAAUUCAACGCAUAA